AUCUGCACUUCAAUGCCGGACGCCAUGAAGCGGAACUUGAUGGAUGGACUUGUCGCCUGCUUCGAUUCGGACCCAUUCAAGCCAAUCGACUCAAACUCUGCGAAUGGAGAGAGAACGUUCGAGGCGAUCCAUUUUUCGUGGUACAAUCGUCACUGUACAUCGGGUCAUUCUGCGCCUGCGGACAUACCUCCUGCCUUGCUGAGCAGAGCGGGUUGUAUGCGUACGAAUCAUGGUCAAUUCGUACCGUACGUGUCUAAGGACAUGGAAGACCACCAGGCAAUUUACCAGUCCCUCAAGAAUAUAUUUGCAGACGUCUUCAGUUGGAUAGAUGAAAAGCUUCAAACAGUCUUACCGAUGGAAUAUGAACGCCUCGAAGCUACCGCCUCAAUUCUACCUGGUAAUAA